AAAAAAGGAAAAGGGGAGAGAAACAGAGAAAGAGAGAGAGAUCUGGGUUGCAGUUUGACCAGGUCUGAACACGGAACCAAGAGCAUAGUAUAAGUCCAAGGAUUGUUCCUUUUCGGCGCACAAGGAUAUUUUGGGAUUGCAAAAAGAGUGCGCUGGAAUAGUGGAAAACAACCGGAAUUGUGAAUGCUGUGAGGAUUGCCUAUGGAUUUAAUUCGCUGAGGAGCAGCUUCAUUCAUGUCACCAGCGCCGUUGUCGAAGAGUGGAUCUGAACGUGUUUCAAAGUCCGAAAACAUUUGAGAGCGCGCAAGUUUGUCGCUAGCUAUUGUAGCUUUUCGGUCGGAUGUUUUGCCGACAAAUGCCUUUGAAGUCGGUCUCUCCUGUCUUUGAAUAAUUACUUGCUCCCCUAAAACUUGUAGUGCUUUUAAAAUCCAAAAUGAUCGGAUUGUAGGUCCACUUUGCAACAAACAUUAUUCACAUGUACUAGACUGCAUUCUUCUUUAGAUGAAUGCAUUUUGAUUUCCGUGUAGUCUUGCAUUUGUUCAGUGUUUUGUAUUAUUAUUAUUUUAAUGCAAUAUAACAUUGCGCCUUCAAAACUAAUGUGGUUUUGCCACCAAUAUACGGUGCUCGGCUGUGCACGCGCUGCACAGCGUUCGGCGAACAUUAAUGUUUCGCGACCUCAGAAUAAGUUCUAAAUCGCGAAGAUCUGAACGUAAAUAAGAACACAUCUUGAGUGUCAAGUUGUCGUAUGUUCAGGACGAAACGUUCAGGUCUUGUGCGGCGACUCUGGAGAAGCCGUUUGAUUCCAGAUAAAGAGGGGGGCGAUGGAUAUGGCAAGAGCGGAGAGGGGUCUCGGGACGAUCUGCUUGGCACCAACCCAGAGAAAAUUCCCAAGACGGAGUUCGGAUCGAUGACACCGAGCGGAUCGCCUGGCGUGGACUAUGGGGAAGUGUGUAUGAGGAAUCCCACUGAGAGCAGCAGUGGCUUAUCAGGGGGCGAUUUGGACCAAAAUGGGGGUACGGCGUGUGUCCUGGAGCAGGGAAGCCCUCGGUCAGUGCAGGACAGCGAUUAUAGAACAGUCACUUGCUGUUUAUUUAAAGAUCGGGACCAUCAAUCUGGAUCUAGAAGCCCGGAGGUGGCUCAAGGUAAAGAGCAAGGCUCCUGUCAGUUUGUGCUGAGAAACAUUGGUUCAUCUCGGGACCCCGGUCCUCUGGAGAGUCAGGAGACGAAAUCUCGCUCCGUCAUGGAGCAGGAGCUCAAGACCGCCACCUACUCACUAUUGAAAAGGCUUAAAGAGAAAACGUUGGAUACUUUGUUGGAAGCCGUGGAGUCCAAAGGAGGGAUGCCGAGCGAAUGUGUUAUGGUUUCGCGGACCGAGUUGCGGCUGGGCGGCCACAUGGCACCUCCUCAGCUGCUCAUCUGUAAGCUCUACCGGUGGCCAGACCUGCAGCACACGGCCCAGCUUAAAGCGCUCUGUGAGUGCAAGAGCUUUGGAGCUCAGGACGGUGCGGUAGUGUGCUGCAAUCCAUUUCAUUACAGCCGACUCUGUGGGCCAGAGUCACCCCCUCCUCCAUAUUCAAGACUUUCCCCCAGCGAAGAACAUAAGCCACUGGAUCUGUCAGAUUCCACACUGUCUUACACUGAAAUGGAGGCUGCCAGCUCGCCAAAUGUCACCCAAGGGGAAUUCUCAGAUGCUAGCCUGUCACCUGAUGCCCCCAAGCAGAGUCACUGGUGUAAUGUGGCAUACUGGGAGCAUCGAACACGGGUGGGCCGCCUCUACACGGUGUACCAGCCCGCCGUCAGCAUUUUCUAUGACCUACCUCAAGGUACAGGCUUCUGCCUCGGGCAGCUGAGCCUGGACCAGCGCAGUAGCACUGUGCAGCGAACUCGAGGCAAGAUCGGCUACGGUUUGCUCCUCAGCAAAGAGCUGGAUGGAGUCUGGGCCUACAACCGCAGCCAGCACCCCAUCUUCGUCAACUCUCCUACUCUGGACAUACCAGGGAGUCGUAGCUUGGUUGUUCGCAAGGUGAUGCCCGGCUACUCCAUCAAAGUGUUUGACUAUGAACGCUCAUCCAUGCUCAGGCAGGGGGCAGAGUCUGAGCUGCUAGAAGGACCGUAUGACCCGAACAGUGUGCGCAUCAGUUUUGCAAAGGGCUGGGGCCCUUGUUACUCCCGCCAGUUCAUCACCUCCUGCCCCUGCUGGCUGGAGGUCCUCCUAAACAACCACAGAUAACACACACACAUGGACUCACUUACAUUGAGAGACUGUUGGACUCCAAAAACCAUCCCAAAUAUCAUCUACUUAGAUUUAAUAUAAAGUUUUAUAUAUUAUAAGAAAUAUAUAUUAUACUUGUAAAUAGUGGAGUCAUUUUUACGAUGUAAUUAUUUAUGUAUGGUGCAAUGUGUACAUGGACAAGAGGAAAAAAACGGGAAAUGCACU